AAAAUCCUCAUCACGCCAUCAUCACGUCAAUAAAACAAAGCACCGCUGUCAGGUUGUACUUUUUCACCUCCUGGAUGAUCCUCUUUAAGACUAAGAUAUGGGAUAUGGUGGUUCCCCCCUCUUUAAAGCCAUGUUGAUUCUCUCUCAAGAGAGGGUUUUUAGGGCCCUCUAUAUCCUGUUCAGUAUCCUACGGUUGUAUAAUCCUUGCAAUGAUACAUGUCAGACUGAUGCCACUUUGGUAGUCUGGCUUCGAGAGCUCUCCAGAUUUAAGAACAAGGUUGAUGUUAAAGAGAGAGACAGAGUAUCGGGCUUGUUGUUUUCCAUUAGAGCUAUAGGCUGCAGAUCUCCAGGAUGAUGUCGUCGACGAGAUUGCAGUUCUUCAGCACCUCUGGGGGACUGCGUCCGGACCAGAAGUUUCCUCUGCCUCCGCGGGGGUGUCACUACGGCGCUGCAAGUAUUAAUCUGAGUGAACAAGCGGUCGUUUCUUUGACUUUCACUCGUAAUCUUCUGUUAGUACUGAGCGCGCGCGUGUGUGUGUGUGUGUGUGUGUGUGUGUGUGUGUGUGUGUGUGUGUGUGUGUGUGUGUGUGUGUGUGUGUGUGCGUAUGUGUGCGCGAGCGUGCGUGUGUGAUUGCGCGCACAGUCCAUGAAAGGUAAACAUCGAGCGAGCAAGAGAGAGAGAGAGAGAGAGAGAGAGAGAGGCUGUUUCUGGCUGAUGUUUUUUCCAUAAUGAAACCAUUAAAACAGCAAAACAGGCAACUUUUUCCAUCGCAGCACGGGAGCCAAUUAGACGAGCGUGCUCCAGGUAACAGUAGAAAACGUCCCCUCCUAUUACCCACGGUCAACCUUGGGGUGUGUCUGGGAGGAGGUAGGGGAGGAGGAGGAGGAGGAGGAAGGAGGGGGAGGAGGAGGAGGAGGACUUACCGGUACCGCCUGCUAAGCCCACACAGGAUCUCAGUGCUAUCGCACAGCGGCAUCUCAUCUGCCUCCGUGAACAGUGGGCGUCCCCUCACCCCUCUACUUUACUUUUCAUUCCAGUUCCUGAAAACUGUUCCCGCUAUUUAAGAGCUUCUGCUUUAGUGCGUUCGCGUGUGUGGCUCGACGUCGAAGAGGAGAAGGAGGACCGUUAUCGCUCUACUGCUGCUGAUGAUGCUGGGAUAGAUAACACAAACGGCCCACCUCCUCCUCCUCCACCUCCUCUCUCGCUCUCUCCACAUCCCAUCUCCGUCUCCUCCCGUGCACUGCGUGCGUCCCGUGCGCCGCGAACCAACCCAGGUGGGCAUCCAUCCUGGUGCUGAAUGGCUGCCGGAACAUUUUGAAAAGAAAACAGUUUGGACUUUAUUUUAAAACCUUCACUUUUGUCUAAAAAAACUUGGGCACCAUGACGGACCCGAAGACUCCGGAUUCUUCCUACCCGAUACCCGACACCAGCUUUGUGGACCCCUCUUCCACUCCAGUGCGGAACGGUCAGUGCCACCCUGGCGGGCUGGUCCACAACUACCAGCACCAGCCCAAGAGAACCAGCCUGCCCGACCAGUUCAGCUCCGGACAUGAGAUGAAAAUAACGGAGAGUGUGGAGGAAGAAGGCCUCCUGGAGAGCAGCACUCGCCUGAAGCCACACGAGGCCCAGAGCUACCGGAAGAAAACCCUGUGGGUCUCCUGGGUGUCCAUCGUGGUCACGCUGAUCCUGGCCGUGGCCGCCUUCACCGUUUCCUUUAUGAAGCACAGUGCCUCGGCCUUCGGUUUUGCGUUCGAGGCCUCGCUGGAUGUGCUGUCAUCCAUCAUCGUCGUGUGGCGCUACAACAACGCCGCUGCCGUGCACUCUGCUCAACGGGAAUAUGUUGCUUGUGUUGUGUUGGGGGCUCUGUUUGUGCUGUCCUCCAUUUGCAUAAUAGGAAAAGCCUCGCAUGACCUGGUCACCAGACUGCUUCCUGAAGUGGACGACUUCCUCUUCAGCGUGUCUAUAGUGAGCGGCCUGAGCUGCCUCAUCCUCGCCGUCUUCAAGUGCAUGCUGGCAAGAGUUCUGACCAGUCGGGCACUAAUGACUGACGCGUUCAACUCCCUGGUGGGGGGCGCCAUGGGCUUCUCCAUCCUGGUGAGUGCUGAGGUGUACAGGCACCACCCCGACGUGUGGUACCUGGACGGCACCAUCGGGGUCCUCAUCGGACUCAUCAUCCUCGCCUACGGCAUCAAGCUCCUGGUAGACAUGGUGCCCCGCGUCAGACAGACCAGGAACUACGAGCGCUUUGAGUGACCGCCGCACUGCUCAACUCAUCUCAGAGCACCCCGUACUACAUUACCCAUAAUGCCCUGCUUCCUCCACCCCCUCCCUCCGCCCAGGGCAAUGCAUUAUGGUACAUUAAGGAUCAGAACACACACAGAUAUAAAUAUUGUUUCUGCUCAUGUUUAAGUGUUUUCCAGUAUUUGGCAGAUAACUUCCUGUCUGUGACACCGAAUUGGAGUUGAUAUUAACCUGCUAAUUCUCCUGAAGUGGAGAUGAUAACAUUGCUUCACUGAAUUUCUACAUAGAACCUGCCUACAAAGAACUGCAUAAUUGAAAGGUCAAUUACCUUUGCACCAUUGCUCAAACAACCUUGUUUUAUCUAACUUCCUUUUUGGUAUUAACUGUGUGAUGAAUAUGGUGUGAUGCUUCUGUUUGGGUGUCCUACAUCUGAGUAAUAGCUGUAAUAUUCAAGCCUAACUUUUAUUGUGAUGAAAUUCAAUUGAUAGACCAGGAAAGAUUAGAAUAGGUAUUGCUGGCCGUUUUCACACCUUAUUGGAUUUCGAGUGUUAUGUUGUGUAUAGAGAAAUGUGUUUCAUUAGUGAUGUGCCAAAAGCACUAAUGACUUAGGUUAUUUGAAAAGCCCUAGUUUAGAUUAUUAACAGGUAAAUAGACCAAGUGCAAAAUGUAAAAUGUUAAAAAGUUUUUCGGUAAAAUAUACGAAAACAAAGAAUGUAUUAAAUUACUUAAAAGUACAUAUAUAUUAUUUUAUAUUUGUGCAAAGAAAUGGUUGAUUCAAGAUUUAUAUCCAGCAAUACUGGAAGAGGUAUUGGAUUACAUUUGCCAUGAAUAAUAUAGACCUUAAGUUAUUCCAUUUAUUUUGAUAAUAAUAUUGCAUAUGGUUUCUUUAAGCAUUAUAGUUUUGAUUAUAUAUCAUCAAAUUCUUUGAAACAAACCUGCAAAAAAGUUUUUUUCCUGCAAGCAUUUUCAUGUGCCAUCAUCGCUUUAUAUUUAUUGACAUUUGUUUUUAUUUAUAUUUGUAUUGUUUACAUCUCUAAAUAUUUUGCUACAAACAAAAAAUGAAUAAUUUAUAAAAAAUAAUAAAUACAGCAAAGCUCUGUGAAAGAACGGAUCAGCUAGUUUUAUCAAGGCCGACAAAGUUUGGCAUAGAUAGUGAAUGAUUCUCACGAUAUUUAACUGAAAUCUUAAAUGUAUUUUGCUUGGAAUCAUCUCCAGCUGCUAAAUAGAAAGAGCACAAUGUGAAUAUACCGUAUGUUUAAUACACUGUUUGGGUCACAGUCGCCCACAUUGCAAUGAAAGACUCAUGUCUGUCUGGGGGUUGUCAUUCUCUAUAAGGGGGGACUUUAACCUCUGCAUCGAAUAGGUCCCCGUGGGAACGCGGUGUGUCUGCCGCCUCCGCUUCUGUGGUUCUGAGCAUAGUCAAAAGGCAAAAGACCCCAAAGUCACUCAUUCGGGAUGAUACGGUGAUAUUUAUCAUGUGAGGAUGAUGGGUCGUACAAAUGAACAUUUAAGCAAACCUCCAUCAAUCUGUCCAUCAUAAAUGGACUGCAGAAACUAAACAUGGCAUGAAAGACGAGGCUGGCCUUUCAGCGGCCUCUGAAGGCUACAUGGGUGACGUAGAGACCCAACACCGAGGUUCAGUUUGGCCUUUACGCAACAGACUAGUCAGUACUACCAUGUAGCUCCUCUGUGGUUUUGAAGAUUAGGCAGUCCAUUAGGCAGUCCUCACAGUACUGUGGGGUUGACAACGUUCAAUGAUGUAACUCUCAAACCUGAAGCCUCCGAGUUUAUUUACUGAAAGGAUUCAAUCAAUUCAUACAUAAAAUAAUAGAAGAUGAACUCUCCCCUGUAGCUGCAUGUACCCAUCUGGUGAAUAGAAGACAAUCCGUUUCAAUCCGUUCCCCUGGAAGGCCCAAUGUUUACACACUGACAAGCACAUGGAUGACUGAUUUUCAGAUUUCCAUCUGUCUCCACUAGGUGGCGCCCUGAGUAUUCAAGAGGACAUCAUGUAUCUAAAGGUUAAACAGCAGCAUCUCACCUUUGUUUACAUAACAGUCAUCACUUUUGUUCAGAAUGAAUUAUAAUAACUGGAUGUCUGAAUUAUGAAAGACGUUCAUUCAAGUGGCUUUCGCAGUUUUUUUUAAACGGUCCAGCACACACGUUGGUGCUUUUGAGCAACAGGACACAGAAAUCAAAAGUGAAGGCUGUGAAAAAGGGACAUAGUGCAGGUUUGACUUUUUAAAAUUGUAUUCUAUUUUAUCCAACAAAGUUUUCUUCAUUCUUUAUUUCUUUAAAUACAUGUAGUCUUCCUUGCAAUCUAGGAUCUUUACUCCAGAGGACAUCAGUACAUCAGGUUUUCCUAUUUUCUCUUUUUCAAAGUUAAGGUUUCACACUAGACAUGUGAGGUCACAAAUCGACAAAUAGAAAAUAGUCUAAUCGGUUGAUGCUAUCACUCCAAAUGAGUCACAAUGUAUUUUUGUUUUUUACGAGAGAAUUUUUACUUCUAGAUGCUUAUUUAGACUAUGGCAACUUUCCUUAGAGACAUUUAAGAUUAGCCUGUGCUUCCCAUGCCAAGUUACAGGAUGAGGUCACGCCCAUAUAAAUCCAUAAAGUAGUGCGAAAAAAAUGUAAGCAAUAAGCUCUGCGAUGAAGAUUUCACCUCUCCAUUUGUAUUACCUAUCAAACCUUUUAGAUGAUAGAAUAAAGUUAACGUCCCCACAUUUGCUUUUUUCCGCUUUAUUCUUAAACUUCAAUCUAAUUGAACUUCAAUCUAAUUGAAUUCUUUCAAUGCAUAUACACAUUACUCUUAGGGCACAUAAUGGCUUCCCAACUGAUGGGUGUACCAUUUAUGAUUGUUUAAACUGUAACUGUAUGAAUGAAUAAUGGGUGCUUUACCUCCUGUUUGUAUAAAACAUGGAUCACAUAGGUAAUCUCUAGAUAAAGCUAUAUACACCAAUUCUGUCUCUAGGCUUUGCAUGGACUGUUUUCCAACAGUGUCAACAGUUAGUUAGAAACGUUUUAUGUGUGACUUACACACACACAAACACAAACAAACACAUGCAAAAACACACACAGAAAGUAGUAUCUCUCAAUUUCCACCAAGUGUUGAUGACAAUGUAGUAUAAUAUUUGUCUGUUUGUAUAUAUAUUCAUGGUAUAAUAGAGGCUGUAAGCAUAUUUAUGUAAAAUAAACAUGUGAAUUCUAUUUGUUCCAGGAUGGCGCUUUUUGUUGUGCAAUAAAGUUUUAUCCUGCUUAUUUAUCGACAA